AUGAGGGUGAAGCAAUCUAACAGGCUCCCUCAGGAACACGAUCCGCAGGUUACCCGUAGAGCACUACAGAAGGUGGUAAAGCGCAAUCAAACCCGCAAUACCACAGAUUCAAGAAAGCCUUCUCAGAAAUUUGCCACCGCGAUCCUGGAUUUGGCUGUCCAGAAGCCACGUGAUGACGGAGAAGAAGAACCCUCCUGGAAUUGGCACCUGAAUCAAACCAAGUUCAACAAACUGCCCAAGCCGCUGGAGAGAUUUUUACAUAUUCGGGUGCUUCACAGGAGGGCAGAAGUGCAGAAAAAGGGAAAGAAAAAGGAAGAAAAGGAUACGGAGAAGAGUAAAGACCCUGAAAAAGAGAAAGGGAAAGAAAAAAAUGCUGAUAAGAAAGGAGACACUGAAAAAGAGAAAUUAAAAAGUAUUGAAGGGACAAAUUUAGAUGCCUUAUUGCAGAGGCUUCCAGGUUGUGUGAGCCAUGAUCUUAUAGAUGAAUUGACAGUAGAAUUUUGUUACUUGAAUUCAAAAGCAAGUCGAAAAAAGCUUGUGAGGGCAUUGUUUAAUGUUCCAAGGACUUCAUUGGAACUGCUACCAUACUAUCCACGCAUGGUUGCCACAUUAUCAACAUGCAUGAAAUAUGUUUCUUCCAUGCUCCUACAAAUGCUAGAAGAGGAGUUUCAUUUCUUAAUUAAUAAAAAGGAUCAAAUGAACACUGAAACAAAGAUUAGGAACAUUAGGUUUAUUGGAGAACUAUGCAAGUUUAAAAUCGCACCAGCUGGUCUUGUUUUUAGUUGUUUGAAGGAAUUCAUCACUUUGAAGAAUGAUUCUUCAUUGUUUUCAUAAGGAGAUUGAUUAACUUUGU